AUGCUGGGGGCGGGGUGGUUGUACUGCAACAACAUCAACAACAACCACAACAUCAACAACAACAUCAGCAUCAACAUCAACAAAAACAACAGUAUCAUUAUCCACAACGAGUCAACCACAAUUCUUCAAAUGAUAGCCCACGCAAACAGCAGCAAAAAUGGCGAGAACUUCAACACGAAACACCAAAACAACAACAACAACAACAACAACGCUAACAACAACAACAACAACGACAACAACAUCAACAACAACAACAUCAACUCCAAACAAUCCAUCUACCUCGAUCUCUCCCCAGACAACGUGGUCUACUUUGGAGGGCUCAGCCCUAACCCCACUCAAAGAUUUCCCUCUCAAUUUCCUCCACCCCAUCAUCAGCUUCCGUCAUCGGUAAAAUCUGACGGGCGGGGCUUUCACGGUUGCGUUAGCAGUCACGUGAUAUUCAACGAUUUUCCGUAUGACGUCAUAGCGGCAGCCGGAAAUAAGUCGACCGAUGAGGUUUCAAUUGUAAAGGGAUGUCUCGAACCGGAAAAUGUUUGCGAACGAUCCAUGAUUGCAUCUGACAACAUCAACAACAACAUCAACAACAUCUACAACAACAUCAACAACAUCAACAACAUCAACAACGACGACAAAAACAAAAUGGCGGAAAAGCGUUGCCAUAACAACGGUGUAUGCGUUCAGGAGUGGGGAGGCAACGAGUGCGAUUGUCAGAUGACGUCAUUCUCCGGGGAUAAAUGCCAGGAUGGUUUGUUGUGA